CACAACUAUCGAUGGCUUAUUGCCGGCGAAAUUUGUUCAGUGUACAUGUGUUUCUUGUUUAUAAAUUCAAUUUAUUUAUUUAACGACAAAGAAUGGAGCGAAGCAUGCAAAAACAGCUGUAUAGCAUUUCACGAGAGUCAUCGCCAGGUGGGCGGCGUCUAAGUAUGCCCGCGGCAGCGGAUAACACACGCAAAUCAUUUUUUGGCGGCAACGCCAACCUUGGCCACUCGCCAUUGCCGGGUGGCUUAAAGAAAACUGCACUGAAUAAUAGUCGCUUGAGCUUAUCCGCGCGCUCCACCACCCAGUCUAUACCGGGCAUCAGAUCCGACUACAACGUCGUGGAAAGCUAUGGCCAUGCACUGCCCGUGGCCGUAAACGAGGCUCUCACCUUUGCCGGACCAGGUGCGAGCACAGUUUCAGCGAAAAUAACACAAAGUGGCUGGGCGUGGGUUGUGCAAGGUCGUCGUCUAUUGAUAUGGCAGUAUAAGGAUUCGUCUGGUGGUGUUAAGACAGGCUCGCCACCGCGACUUGGCAAACAAUUAAGACGCGCCGGCACCUCGGCCCAGUGCCGCGAACUGACUCUACCUUACAGCGAUAUUGGGCACAAGAGCGAAUUGGUCAGCGUGUUUCAGACAGAGGGUCAGCAGAUGGCCUCCUGCAUUGCAAUAUCAGCGACAGGCGAGGUUCGCUAUUGGGCGUCUAUAGCACACGAUAAUAAUUCCGUGGAUAUAUCAAUUCUUACCGGCCAGGAGUUUGUGCAACUGCUGAAUCUACCCACACAGCAGGGCUACCUGGCAAUAACCUCCACCUGCACUUUAGUGUUCCUGCGCGUAGGUCUUACCAGCGGCCGUUAUACACUGCACCACAAGACAAUCAAGCCGGCGACGAGUUUUCUUGGCGGCUUUGGCAAAAGAUUCGCUUCCAUGCUGAUUGGCAUGAACAGCGGAAGCGACAGGGAUCAGUUAUUGGUAGGCAUGUGCUCUGAGAGCGACACAAAGAACGGUGAAUCUGUUGUGGCGGUGCUUUCAGAUCGUGCACUUCAGCGCUGGCGUCUAUCCAACAAGGGCAACACGGAACAGCUGCUGUACGAGGAUGUGGAGCUGUUGCGGAAAAUGCGUGAUAUGCUGCUAUUUAAGUUUUGGAAUGUGCGUGUGCCCAACGAUAAUGUGGAGGUGGAUUUGCAUUUUAUGGAUUUCCAUGUGGUCAGAGGAAAUUACUAUAUACUAGUGGGUGCUGUCAACCCGGCACACACGCCGCAAAUGUACUACGCCAUUGUGGUGGCCAAGGCAGAAGCGGAGGGCAUGCAGCUGGAGUGCUUUACGCCGUUGAAGCUUAACAAAUUCUUUAGUAACAAGACGGUGCAGGAGUGUCUCAGCGUGCGCAUCAUUGUGGGACCCUCGCACAUGUAUCUGUACACGCCCAAAGUGAUCUAUCCGUUACUGUUGUCAAAUGCGGCGCCCACAGCCGAAAUGGAAGCCGAGAAAGUGGAGUUCCAUUUGCAUGAGGAUCGUAUACUUAGCGCUGCCGUCUGCAACCAUCUGCCGCUCUUCUUCAGCCGCACACAUGGGCUGGUAUCCAUUACGCCCGGCGACUUUGACAGCACUGAUUUGCUGAACAUGAGCAGCUGCAAUUCGCCAGAUCUAUUUGGACCCAUCUCGUUUAAUGCGAGUUUUAGUGCGCCAGAUCAGAGCAUGUUGGGCGACAGCUCCAAUAGCUUACCCAUGUAUCAGUUAGAUCCGGAUGAUGUGUACACCGAGCUCAACAAUGAAGUGGGUCAGCUCAAAGCGGCCUUCUUGUAUAGGCUGAAACGUAACAACAACAUGAUGAACACAAUCAUUGCGGAUCUUAUGGAGAGCAUUGCGGAAUCCGAUCCGAAAGGUGCGCCCUUGGAUGCCUACAAGCUAGACAGAGUUGUCAUCACUAUUGCCGAGGACUUGGCUGAGGACUUGCCCAUUGCUGAUCCGCGCUGGCAGUCGGCCAUCGAGGAGUACGAAGGCAAUCGUCACGCCCUGGGCAGCUCCCGUUCCAUGCAAAUCAUCAAUCAGCUACGCGACAAGAGCAUUGCUCUGCAGCAUUUUAUUGAUUUCCUACACUUCAGCGCAGUUUGGGAGAAGCUCAAUGCCAUACCCUGUGGCAGUAAUGUGCUCAAGCCGACAGCCUACAUACUGUCCGAUAUAAGUGAAAAAAUUGUGGCUGCAACGGCAUUGCGUGCGAUGCAGACCAAAAUGCCCAAGCUGGUGGAUGAGGCCAUUGACAUAACCGUCGCCCAAUGGGAGGAGAAGCCACAGGGCAGCCUCACUACCCAGGACAUCUUUUAUGUUAAGCUGUGCAAGUUUCAGUGCAUCUUUGAGGCGUUGGCUGACAUGGCAGAUGAUCGCAUUACAGCUCAAAAUCGGACCACAGCGUCAGUGGCGCAAUUUGUCGGCGACAUCAACUCCAUUGUGCUAGGCACGUUGGGCCAGGUAUUGAGGUUUCGCGAACAGAAUGUCAGCAGCUUUAAGCUGACAGCCAAUUCAUAUGAAAACCAACCCUGGACAGCCAUGUCGGGCACCGCGGGCGCUCACGAUGCUCUGACCCGCCUCAUAGAAAUAAGCGUUCGCUAUGCUGCGCAGUGCGUCAACGAGGCAGAGCUGAAGCAUCUUCUAUAUCAGCAAAUACUGGAGCUGGCAGACAUUGUUCUUGAGGGACGCAAGAACUAUUUGGAGAGCGUGCGCGAUACGGAAAAGUUUCAGGUGCUGCAGCAGCAGUUCGAGUCGCAGCGACGCGACCUAAUCUCGAUGCUAAUCAAGGAGCGACAGUAUGAAUGCGCUGCCAAGCUGGCUGAAAAGUAUUUGGACUUUCAGAGUCUGGUGCUCAUUUGUGAUGAGACACAGGACAAGGACCGUCUGGAUGACUAUACGCGCAAGUAUGAGGAAUAUGACUUCUCACAAUUCGCCAUCAAUUGGCAUCUGCGUCAACAGCGACAUGGUGAGGUCUUUGAACGAUUCAAGGGCAACCAGACAGCAUUGGCGCAAUUCAUGCGAGAUCAUCCGUCGCUCGGCUGGAUACAGCUCAUAUUCAACGGCGACUUCGAGCGCGGCGCCAAAGUGCUCUUCGAGCUGGCCCAAUGUGAGACAGAGUAUGUGGCACGCAAAAAGUCGAUGCUAUCGCUGUCCAAGUUGGCCGCCUUUGCAGCGGCCGAGGUUGAUUUAACAGCGCAAGUGGAGAAAAUCAAUGCUGAAUUGGUUAUCAUUGAAUACCAAUCCCAUUUGGGUCACGAUGUAUUGCAAAAUUUUGGGUUUGAUGCAAAUGAUCAGAAGGUGCUCAAAGUGGAGGAGAUUAUCAAUCUUUUCAUCGCUGAAGAGAACGAAAGCGCCACCGAAGUCGAAUUCCGCAAGGCCUUGGAGCUGCUCAGCUAUGUGGAUCAGCCGUACGAUUUGCGACACAAGGUCUGGUGUGCGAUCAUACGUCGCGACAACUGGACGGACUAUGAUACCAACAAUGCGCUCGACUAUAUACACAAGCUGUUAUUCUAUAAGGUCAUUGAACUGUCGCAGCUGAUGGGUCAGGAGUGCGACAGCGUUUUGCCGCCCAUGGAGGAUUUUCUGGACAGCGCAGAACUGGGUGAACUGCCACAGCAAAAAUCGUUUCAGUAUUUACUGAAGCUAGCCUAUGAGUAUGUGGGCGAUAUGUAUAAACAGACAGAAGACAUGGAUCUGUAAUCAAUUUUGGGCAUUUGCCAAUCUAUUAAAACCUAGUUUAAGAUACAA